AUGGACAACGAGUCGCAGUACUCGGGAUACUCCUACAAAUCCGGCCAUUCCCGCAGCUCCCGCAAGCACAGGGAUCGGCGGGAUCGGCACCGCUCCAAAAGCCGGGACGGGAGCCGCGGGGAUAAGUCGGUGACCAUCCAAGCGCCGGGCGAGCCCUUGCUGGACAACGAGUCGACGCGGGGCGACGAGCGGGACGACAACUGGGGCGAGACCACCACGGUGGUGACGGGCACGUCGGAGCACAGCAUCUCGCACGAUGACCUGUCGCGCAUCGCCAAGGACAUGGAGGAGAGCGCCCGGCUCGGCUGCUGGCGGCACGUGGGCGCCUCGCUGGCCGGCGCCCUGGCGCUGCUCUCCUUCCUCACGCCGCUCGCCUUCGUGCUGCUGCCGCAGCUGCUGUGGCGCGMGGAGCUGGAGCCGUGCGGGACGCCGUGCGAGGGGCUCUUCCUCUCGGUGGCCUUCAAGCUCCUCAUCCUGCUGCUGGGCAGCUGGGCGCUCUUCUUCCGCCGCCCGGCGGCCGCCUUGCCGCGCGUCUUCGUCUUCCGCGCGCUCCUCAUGGUGCUCGUGCUGCUGCUCGUGCUCUCCUACUGGCUCUUCUACGGYGUGCGGGUGCUGGAGGCGCGGGAGCGCCGCUACGGCGCCGUGGUGCAGUACGCGGCGUCGCUGGUGGACGCGCUGCUCUUCGUGCACUACCUGGCCGUGCUGCUGCUGGAGCUGCGCCAGCUGCAGCCCCAGUUCACGCUCAAGGCCGUGCGCUCGGCCGACGGCGCCAGCCGCUUCUACAACGUGGGGCACCUCAGCAUCCAGCGAGCGGCCGUGUGGAUCCUGGAGAACUAUUACCAGGACUUCCCGGUGUACAACCCUGCCCUGCUCAACCUGCCCAAGUCCGUCCUGGCCAAGAAGAUGUCCGGCUUCAAGGUCUAUUCGCUCGGCGAGGAGAACCUCGCCAACAACUCGACGGGGCAGCCGCGGGCGGUGAUCGCCGCGGCCGCCCGCCGCCGCGACAACAGCCACAACGAGUACUACUACGAGGAGGCCGAGCACGAGCGGCGCGUGCGCAAGCGCCGCGCCAGGCUGGUGGUGGCCGUGGAGGAGGCCUUCACCCACAUCAAGCGGCUGCAGGAGGAGGAGCAGAAGAACCCGCGGGAGAUCAUGGACCCGCGCGAGGCCGCCCAGGCCAUCUUCGCCUCCAUGGCGCGGGCCAUGCAGAAGUACCUGCGCACCACCAAGCAGCAGCCCUACCACACCAUGGAGAGCAUCCUGCAGCACCUCGAGUUCUGCAUCACCCACGACAUGACGCCCAAGGCCUUCCUGGAGAGGUACCUGAGCGCCGGGCCCACCAUCCAGUACCACAAGGAGCGCUGGCUGGCCAAGCAGUGGACGCUGGUGAGCGAGGAGCCCGUCACCAACGGCCUCCGGGACGGCGUGGUCUUCGUCCUCAAGCGCCAGGACUUCAGCCUGGUGGUGAGCGCCAAGAAGCUGCCCUUCCUCAAGCUCUCCGAGGAGUUCGUGGACCCCAAGUCGCACAAGUUCGUCAUGCGGCUGCAGUCGGAGACGUCGGUGUGAGCGCGUCGGGGUGAGCUCCGGCCUCGCCGCGGCUCCUGGAAGAGCUUCCCGCCGGAAAGCGGAGCCGGCGGCGCAUCCCGGUGCCACCACCCAAGGGCUACGUCCCCCUCCCCAUCCCGCUGGAUCCCUCCUCGCCAGCGCGGUGGGGCCGCAAGGACC